GCUGGUUACUGUUUUGUAGAAUUUGCAGAUUUGGCCACAGCCGAGAAGUGUUUGCAUAAAAUUAAUGGGAAACCCCUUCCAGGAGCCACACCUUUACUUAGCUCCCAGCUGCACCAAGCUGGCACACGGGGGCUCAUAGAACCAUGGAGCUGGCAGUGCCCUUAGCGGUCAUCCGUGCAACCCCCUCAUUUUAUACAGGAGAAAAAGCUGAGGCUUAGAGAGGGGGAGAUGUUUUGGCAAGUUUGUUUGUUUUUAAAUUUCCAGGCAAAACGUUUUAAACUGAACUAUGCUACUUAUGGGAAACAACCAGAUAACAGCCCUGAGUACUCCCUCUUUGUGGGGGACCUGACCCCAGACGUGGAUGACGGCAUGCUGUAUGAAUUCUUUGUCAAAGUCUACCCCUCCUGCCGGGGAGGCAAGGUGGUUUUGGACCAGACAGGCGUGUCUAAGGGCUAUGGUUUUGUGAAGUUCACAGAUGAACUGGAACAGAAGCGAGCCCUGACAGAGUGCCAGGGAGCAGUAGGACUGGGAUCUAAACCAGUGCGGCUGAGUGUGGCAAUCCCUAAAGCUAGUCGUGUGAAGCCCGUGGAAUAUAGUCAGAUGUACAGUUACAGCUACAACCAGUAUUACCAGCAGUACCAGAACUACUAUGCUCAGUGGGGCUAUGACCAGAAUACAGGCAGCUACAGCUACAGUUACCCCCAGUAUGGCUAUACCCAGAGCACCAUGCAGACAUAUGAAGAAGUUGGAGAUGAUGCUUUGGAAGACCCCAUGCCACAGCUGGAUGUGACUGAGGCCAACAAGGAGUUCAUGGAGCAGAGUGAGGAGCUGUAUGAUGCACUGAUGGAUUGUCACUGGCAGCCCCUGGACACAGUGUCUUCAGAGAUCCCUGCUGUGAUGUAGCCAAGACAAAGGACAGGCCAGAAUGGAGGACUAUGUGAGGGAGAAAAGACUUCUUUAAAAACAACUCAAGAACUUUCACCUUUUGGGAAAUGUUUUAUACGAUUUUAAUAAUCAACUUUCAUGAGAUUAUGAAUAUUAGUGCAACACUGCUGCCUUUAUUUGAUAUAGCCAUUUGAGUUUGAAAACCAAGGGACCAACUUGAAGAGGGUUGAACAAGGUUCCCAUCUGUCUUCAAACAAUCAUUUAUCCAGUAGUUAUCUGAACUCCUGGAGGUAACAAUUUGGAUUUUUUAUGGUUUUAAAAAUCUAGAGAAAAGGGGAGAGGGAAAAACAUUGGUUACCUCCUGUUGACACCCUGAUCUGGACUGAAGCCAUAACCUGGGCAUGUGCCCUAACUGGGAAUUGAACCCGUGACAUGGGAGGACGCUCAACCAAGCAGACAGGCCAAGGCUGGAAUUACUAACCAAAGUAGAAUUACAAAUGAUAUGAAUCAGUUUAGCCAGGGACCCUUCUCAGGUGACACUUCAAGUCCUUUAAUUCUCUGGGAUCAGAAUAUAUGGAUUACCUGCUAUAUAUUAAAUGAGCAAUUUCUGCCUGCCAUUUAAGUACUCCCAACACUGGCUUCAAAUGUGGCCACUAGUAAAACUUUCAGCAGCAGGGGGUGCCUGCCUAGUUCAGGGUGUAAGAGAAAGUAAUCAUAGCAAAAAUGCAUCAGACCUUCCACACAUUAUCCAAACCAGGAAAGCCCAUUUUCCAACUUACAUGUCAUGUGGCACCCAGGACCCUCUUCCUGAGAAGUCUGGGUCUAUGCUAGAAAUCUGCUUCAGAUUUGUUUUGUGCCAGAGUAAUUUGGGGGGUGGCAAAGUAAGGGGAGAUAAACUUCUGAGUUCAAGUGCCUAUACCACAAAAAGCCUUCAAAGGUCCAAUCUUAGGCUCAGCAAAGGAGAACUACAUCUAAUUGCAAUUGUGGAACUGAUCAUAUUGGCCUUUCUGAGAGGUCAGACUUUUUUACAUCGAGACAGAUUAUGAAUUAACUUGGGUCUUUAAUAUUUAGAUUUAUAUACCAGCAUUC